AAAAAAACAAAAAGGAAAAAGGCGAAAAUCAAAAUAAACCCGCCUGAUUCACGGUCUCCUUAAUAAUCGACCUUAUUUCAAAUAUAUUCUUCAUUUUCGUUCUAUCCGCCUUUCUUCUUCUUCUCAUUUGAACUCUCACUUUCUCUCUCUAAAUUUCAGAAACUACUCACGUUGCGCAAUUGGAUCCUCCAUUAAAUGCUCCAUUCGUUAAGCCUUAAUAUCUAUACAGCUAUUAUAUAAUAUCUACAUAUAUAAAUACACUUGUCGUUUUGUCGAUUUCAUCUGUGAAAAAUGGCGACCUCGGCAUUCAAAUCGACCUCGAAGCGAAUGUCGAUUGGAUCGUCGUCAUCGGCUUCAGUUGACGACUCGGCAUCCUCGAAUCGGAGCUCGGCUCACCGCCGUUCUCGGAGCCUCAGCCGAUUCUCGCACCGGCUACAGACGCCGGCGAGCGAUGAUUUCGAUGAAACUCUAGCUCCAAGAGGGAAGUUCGUUAACACAGUCAGAGGUUCGGGGUUUCCGGAGAUCAGCCUUGAUGACGUCGCCGUUGAGUUCUUUGACUCGGGAGAUAGAGGUCGCUCGGCUUCGCGUAAGUCUGAGGUCACUCCGGAGAGUGGCUCUAGUGCGUCGCAGAGACGAGGGAGGUCCGUGGCGAGGCAGGGCUCGAGGUUGACUGGGGGUAGUAGUGUUGGUGAGGUGAAGGGGAGUGCUGGCAGCAAUUCUGGUAGUGGUGGGGGAAGGUUGACUUCGGAUAACAGUGCUCUUUCGAGAAGAAGGCGUUCGGUUUCGGUGGUUCGGUAUCAAAUUAGCGAUUCUGAGAGCGAUCUAGAUCAUUCCCAGAAACGUAACAGCGCUAAUCCAAAGAGCUUAGGAAGUGGAAAUGACCAGUUACGUUCCUCACAUAAGCCAAAAGCUUCUAACCAUAGACAAGGACUGAGACGGUCAUUCAGCCAGAAGGAUUUGAGGUCCUGCGAUGGCUAUUCUAGCCAUUCCUCAGUUCUAACUGAUGAUGAAGGGAGGGAUGCUCAUUCUGGUAAAAAUGGAAUUGAGAGGACAAUUCGAACAGUUUAUGCACAGAAGAUGGCACAACAUCCAACUGGGGAUGAUAUGAAUGGUAGUUUUUAUGAGGCAAUGCGGACAGAACUUAGACAUGCUGUGAAAGAAAUUAGAACAGAGUUUGAACAAGCAAUGGGGAAGACAAAACCCACAGCUUCUGCAACAGGCGAUUGCUUGCUGUCAAAAGGUUCUGAUGUACUUCAGGCUGUUUCUUCAAUGAGGUGGAAUUACUCAACCCAAUUGGAAGAGUCUGAGAAGCGUAAACAAGAUUUACUAUCAGAAAUUGUGUUGGAGGAGCAACGUAGCAGGGAGCUCUCUAAGAUAGUGAAGGAAUUGAUUCCAGAGCCCAAGAUCAGCGCUGCUGUAGAUAAACCGUCCCGAGUUGGGACAAGAAGGAGGAGUACUGACAAAGGUAGAAUGUCAAAGAGACUGUCUGAGGAGGCAGAGAAAUACAUCGAGGACUUCAUUUCAAAUGUUGAAGAUACAGACAUAUCAUCACUCGACGGAGAAAGAAGUGAUACAAGUUCAAGUAUAGGAGGAGGAAUAUCAAUUGCGAAGGCACGAAUGUCCCAAAAUCCAGCAAUGGCAACACCUCUUCCUAUUGACUCGGACGGAGUUCUACUUCCUUGGUUGAAGUGGGAGACGAGCAAUGAUGCUUCACCCAUUUUAGGCAUCACUAAGAUGGAGUCCCCUGCAACUCCAAAAAAUACUUCAUUUGAUGCUGUUCAGGAGGUUAGUAACGAACAGGAUCAAACUAGUCAGUCAGCCAGUAGCCGAGGGAGCUGGAGUCCAGGGAUUAUGGAUUCGCUUCCAAUGAAAGUAGUAGAAGGCAAAGGAAAUUAUCAGCGGUCAUCAUAUCCAGAUGGAUCAAAAACGCGACAGUUUGACAUGGAAGAUUAUCUCAAGCUUCAAAGAGAUGAAGAUCUUCUCUUUGAAAGAUUUAGACAACAGCAGAGAGUUAAUUCAGGUGGCAUGUUUAUCUGUAACCGAAUGUAUUUUUAGAAGUAGGAAAAAAGUUCUUAAAGGUCUUUUUUUUUUGUUGCAAACUACAGUGUUAUUUGUAUAGUUUAUUCUUCUUUUUCUAUUGAUUAGUAAAUAAUUAGUUCUAGACUAAGAAUUUUUA